UCAUCAGUUAUAUUAACGGCGCGGCGCACGCGGCGGCACGAGUGCUGACAGCGGUCGCGCUGGUGGACGUUGCGCCUCCUUAGUGUGCGGUGUACGAACGCGACCUGUGCUUCUGUGAUACGGCAUACAGCUCACCGUCCACCAGCUGUAUACCACGCAUAACAGACACCUCGGUGCAUCCUACCUACAACUCUUACUUAAAUCUACUGCUUGGACCGCUGACACCACUAAGAAACCUACUAGCUACCUCUCAUCGUAUCAAACAAGAUUUGCAAAUAUGCUCGUGAACAGGGCUAUGCAAUUUGCUGUGUUAACAGCAGCGGUGCUCUGGGAGAACAGAUCUGAAGCUGCUGCCAAAGCUUCGGUCAAAUUCUGCGGCCGACAUUUAAGUGAGAUCAUGAGCAGAGUCUGUCACGCAUACAACGGACCUACAGUAGUAGAGCAACCAGGACCGGUAGUCCGGAGAAGACGACAACUUGGUAUAGCUGACGAAUGCUGUAUAAUCGGAUGCACGUGGGAACAACUUAGUGAAUACUGCUCUAUUAGUGCGUACUCAGAGUCGCCAUUAGAAGAUUUAGAAACACAUAUAAUUUCGGAUCGUUCUGCGGAGCAAGAGGUUGAAACGAUGGGCGGUGCGCGGACGACGACAACGGCAAAGUCGGUGCCAACGCUGGAGACCAGUGUGCGGGGACCUGAUGGCAUGAAGAGCGCACGGCGCGAGGUGGGACGCGCACGAAGUCGAGGGUACGGGCGCGCACGAGGCCACGGUUGUUGGUGCCGGCGCAAACGGCGCCCGGCCCGCCGGCGAACCUCUGUCAUGGGUAACAUGGGCUUCGUAAAAAGUGCAGCACGCGCUGCUCCCGUGGUGGGCACCGUUUCUCCUCUCAUAACGUGGGGCAGGACUCUAAAUACUGAUUUACCGAUAGCCAGCCGAGAUCGGUACGCUUACAUAGUUUAUGCGUAAUCAUAUUUUUCAAGAAUCUAAUGAAACCCGCCGCUCAAGAAUAACGUGAAUUUUGGAAAUGCAAGUGUAUAAAAAACUGAGUGAGUCGUGGAUGUGUGCUAAAUAUCAUGUCUAACCUAUUAAAGGAAUAAUUUGCAGGCUCUCGAUGCUAGCAAAGAUCAAAAAACAAUUUGAUUGACUCUGUGUGAGCAAAAUAGGCGGUAUUUUUGCCGAAGUGUUCAUUCGUAGAAUAGUGAUAUAUUUAUUAUAGUGUUUUAAUUCUGAUUUCCAACCAAUAUUGAGCAAUGACUAUAUCAUGUGUCUAUAUCGCGGCCCAGGUAUACCUAAUCACUGUUAUAACUAGUAGGUAUGUAGUUUAACGAUUUGAAGAUUGCUUUACCCAAUACAUUAUAGUACCUUCCGAUUGAUUGAUUGAUUGAUACUUAUAACUACCACGAGAUUAAACUCAUAACUUUUACAUUUUUAAUAUUCAAACGCAAGCAGGAGUCACAAAAUCUAGCAGGGAGGUAAUGAUAGGUGAUGAAACUAAUGAAUUUCUUUAAAAAAAUAUCCAUAGCUCUGUGAAUUAAUAGGUGACUAUUGCAAUGGCUGAAACUUUGUGAUGGAGGAUCAAAUCAGAUUGUAUAAAAUGUCUACAUAAAUGAGUAACAACUCAUACAUGCCCGAUGAAUGAAAGGGCAAUAUUAGAGGGAAAGACGCUAACAUAGCUUUUUUGACACAUUUCUAAGUUUCACUACCUAUCACAAUUAUUUUUUAAUGAAAUAAAUUUUGUGACCCUACAUGCAGUGUAGUCAAUUUACCUAGUGGAAUAAAACGUCGCUUAUCGAUUAUUAUAUGACUUUCUUCGGACGUCCCAGAAAGUAGUUACAAGUGGAACACCUACCUGAAUAUUUAGUGACAUAAAUAUUCAAGAAUUUUACUUUAUAAAAUGUUUUUGAACCUAUCGUAACAAAUGUGUUAAUGCAUUAAUCUAAUUCUGAUGAAUGUGAUAUAACACAGAAUUUAAUAAACAAAACCAUUAAUUAAUUGGAAAUUAUCUGUGUAACUGUGAAGAUUCUUUAUAUUUCUAUUUGACACUAUUAUCUGGCACUAGCCAUAACAUUAUCUUGUUUUGCGUUAAUGUGGUAUGGAUAUUUGAGUAUUUUGCUUGAUGCUUUUACUGUGUAACUGUACGUGCCAACAUUGUCAUCAUCACACUAAUUUAUUACGUAUCAUCAUUCCAUUAGUUAAUAUUUGUAAUUGAGGCUCCCAAUUGUAUUCAUAGCUUAUUUUAAGAUUCGCUAUAUCAGACUGAACACAGUUCAAUACUCUUCUAAAUGUAAAGUGUGUUUCUAUAAUUCAUGUAAUUUAUAUCUGUAUAUUCAAAUAUAACCGAUAGGAUUAUAUUUUAACGAUCACAAAUAUUCACAUUGUAGACACGAUUACAAUUAUUGCCUUAGAAUUAUACGUAAAUGUCCUACCAUUUAAGAAUUAAAGAUCUCUAAAACAUCUGUGAUAACUCCAACUGAUAAACAUAAAAAAUCUUUAAUUUAUAAUAUUAUUUUAGUACUUUCUACGAAAUAAUUAUUAUCUGUAUUCCCUUAUACUAGAUACCCCAGUGUAUGUAAGUUAGCAUAAAUAAACGUGACUGACUAAACGAUUGCUGUAUUAAACUCAUUUAUUGAAAA